CAUCUUGUUGCUAAAAACCCGUAGAUGCAAAAUCCACCAAUUUGUUCCCCUGUAAAAUUUUCUUAGCUUGGGCCCCGGGCGUAGUGUGCGUGGAAAAAAAAGUGUUAUGUGAAGUUUAUAUAUGGGGACAGCUAGUGAACAAGAAGAGGAACACAUUUAUCUGUUACUAACUCCGUAUAAUGUUAGUGGGUCUCGGUAAGAAUCGACUUGUACCGAAAGUUUACUCGUCGUUAAGGUAUUCAGUAUAUGUUCAGUCCCGGUUCCAGCACGUGAAGUCUGAAACAAAUCCAUUCUUAUACUUGAAUAAUUUUAAUCUGUUGAAUAAAAAGAUUCAACAAGUGUAUGAUACUACCAAUGAUCAUAUUGGAGAUUCUAUAGUUAUUAAUGCAUUAAAGUCAUGUAAUGAACUCGGCGAAGAGUUCCCUAUUCAACAAAAAUUGGAUAUCAAUUCAAUAUUUAUUAAAGAAUCUAAACAAGUUAUAGAUACAUUAAUUAAGGAUGAUAGAGUUAAAUUUACUUCAGAUUUAUUAAAACAAAUAUUUGUAUUAAAUUUACCAACCAUAUUGAAUUUACAAUUAAUUAAUUUAUAUUAUGAAAAGAAUCCAUCUAAAUCUACUAUAAUAGAUAAAUCUAUAGCAUUAAUUGCAUUAAGAAAUGCUCUUAAUAAUGCUGAAUUUCAAAGAGCAAUUACUAUAUCUGAUAUUACAGUAGGUCAUCCUAAUUAUAUUGAACAUAAUCAUCAAAUACUUAAAAAGGGAGUUAUUAAAUUGGCAAGUACAGCUAUUGGUAUAACAUUAAUAUCUAAAUAUGGUGUUAACCUUUUAAUUGAAUUUGGAGAAUUAACUAGUGGUUGGAGACAUUUAGGAUCUAUAAAUUCUAUGAUUUUAACUUAUUUUUUAAAUUCAAGUUUCUUUGUAACUACUGUUAGAAUUGGUAGACAAUUAAUAAGUUCAGGAGGAGAUUAUCUUACUUGGCAAAAGGGAGCAUUUUAUACUCAUUGGUUUAGACAUGCUGAUGAAAUGUUAUUUUGUUCUAAAAUAGUUGAAGCCGAUCGAGAAUUAAAUGGUGGAGAGAAUAAUCCAGAAAUUAUAAAGGAAUUAUGUAGAACAAAUGAAAAUACUUUAGGUAUGGAUCAUACUUUAAAACCAGGUUAUACUAGAGAUGGAAAAAAGAUUAGAUUAUUAGAAGCUAAAGAUAAUCUUGAAGAUUUAAAAUUACAAGCUUAUUGGAUGAGUGGAGGAGAUGGAUUUGAAUGGGUUGAACCUGAUCAAGAUCCUGCUACAUUAAUAUGGAAAGAUCAUUUAGCUCAAUAUAAUCAACCAUCCAUAAAGUCUAAUACAGUUAAAACAUUAAAAUGGGCUGAUGAAUUAAUUGAUCAGAAAUAAUGAUGAUGUAUAUUAGUAUUUCUUGUAUAUAGUCACUGAAUAAAUAGUAUAAAGUCAUAAUAAUUAUUUAUUUAUUUAUUUUAUUUUAUUUUAUUUUAUUGGUUUGUUUAUAUAAACUACUGUUCUUCUUCAGUAUCAACAAUAGGAAACCAAUGAGUAAUAAUUCGAAUA